GGCUUUCAUAUCAGCAAAAGGAAUCCUAUAUUUAACUUGUAGACGAACUAUCAGCUUGACCGGUAUCAGUCGUUGACGACAGCUCGAAGUAGAAAACAUAUCGCUUGUAAGCAUCUAGUUGUUUUUUGGAAACAUUGUUAUUCGGAUUAAUAAUGCCGGACGUAUCGGUCUAUUAUUUCCCCAUAAAGGGCUUAGGUGAGAGCAUUCGCUUGUUGCUAGCUUAUGGUGGCCAAGAGUUCGAGGACGUUAGGAUCCCCAAGGAGAUUUGGCCGCAGAGACGAUCAAUUGCAGCGUUUGGUCAGGUGCCUGUUCUGGAAAUAGAUGGAAAGAGGUACGCUCAGAGUGUCGCCAUAUCGAGGUACCUGGGACGCAAGUAUGGAUUGACAGGCGCGAACAUCGAGGAAGACUUCCUUAUUGAUCAGAAUGUGGACUUUGUCAACGAAAUUCGCUUAGCGGCGUCCACUGUUCAAAACGAACCAGAUCCCGCUGUAAAGGCAGUUAAACGGGCAAAGUUCUUGAGGGACAAGUGUCCAUUCUAUCUGCAGAAACUCGACGAGAUUAUUAGGAGCAAUAACGGACAUUUAGCAGCUGGAAAGCUUACGUGGGGUGACAUUUACUUCGCCGGUCUGUACAGUUACCUCAGGUAUGCCCUUGAGAUCCCCGACCUCGACCAGAAGUAUCCCAGUUUCAAGAAACUCCAAGACUACGUACUGUCCCUGCCACAGCUGAAACAAUACCUCGCGAAUGCACCUCAAACCGAUUUCUAAAACACAAGGCGUUUAUUAGUACUUCAAUACUAUUAUUUAUACUGUGGUAUGAGCGCAGUUAUUAGAUUAAUUAAUUUAAUUAUUAUAUACAAAUACUAGCUGACUCGGCAAACGUUGUUUUACCAUAUACAUUAUUUCGAGAACUAUACAUGAAAAUUUAUCGUACUACAGUUAUUAUAUUCGAUCGCCAUCUUGCAACCCUAUUGCGGAAUAUAAAAAUCGCGAUUAAAAAAUAGGAGUUGAUUGUAAAAGCGUAAAAAUUUGAAGUUGUAUGUAUUUUUCAAUGCUAAAUUAUAGUAAAAUAAAAAUAAAUUUUUUUGUCAAAAAUUAUAAAAAAAAAUAUUUAGGGUGACCCACCCCCUUAUCAUUGAGGGGUAUAAAAAAUAGAUGUUGGCCGAUUCUCAGAUCUAUCCAAUAUGCACACAAAAUUUCAUAAAAAUUAGUAAAGCCGUUUCGGAGAAGUUUGGUAACAAACACCGCGACACGAGAAUUUUAUAUAUAAGAGAUGUAAAAAACAUUCUAUCUAUUAUAUACACACCUUACAUCUAUGUACUAUAAAUAUCAAAAACAAGACGUUUAAAAAAUUACUUGAAGAUAAAAAAAAUUGAGAUCACUACCAACUGGUAAGGUAACUAGGAGACUUGUUCCAUUUCCACGCUGAAUAGCCAUAGAGAUGCGUUGAUUGAUAUUGAUAGCUCUUCUUAUGGGAGAGGUCUAUGGUCAGCCAUGAACAGUUGAUUUGAUGAUGAUUCUAAUAUUUUUUUUUUAUACAACUUAGAAUGGCAAACAAGCUGACGGCCCACCUGAUGGAAAGUGGUAACUGUCGCCUAUAGACGUGAGCAGUACCAUGGACAUAACAGAGUAUACUGUUUCGCUCAUGAUACCCCCCAUGCGUUGCCAUUUCUGAGGACUCAGGUGUUAUUCCUCUGUACCCAAUAAAUUCACGCCAUAUCCCACCCUUCAAACCGAAACACAGCCAUGCAAAAAAAAAGGUUUCACGGUUGAAACACGAAUGGGACAGAGGUACCUAAGCAAUCGACUUUUGUACAAAGUCUCCCUCUGGUAAAAUAAUGAAUAUAUAAUCUGGUAACAGUAUGAAUGAGUGAAUGAGUAUACUUUAUUUGCAUUAUACAAUAUAGGAAAUAAGUAAGACAAUUUACAAACACAACGAUACAAUUGUAUAAGUACAAUAAGACGGUGUUAUUGCUGAGAGCAAUCUUUUCCAGACAACCUUAAGGUAAUGGACUAAUUGUUGUACAAGAUAGUACUGUAUAAUUAAAAAAGUACCUUUAUCAAAUUAAAAAAAAAAAAAAACAG